UCCUCUAGCGGCGCCUCUCCGCGCGCCGGCCGGGGCGCCGUCUCCCCGCCGUGGUCCCGCCCCUCCAGGGGCGGAGCUGCGCCAGGUGCGGCCCCGGGGCGUGGCUGGGUUCCGGGAGCGCAGGUGCGGCUUCCGUGUCAAGAUGGCUGCCGCCUGUCGCUCUUGGGCUGGGCUCCCUCCCGGCCGCCUCUGCCGCUGGCCCGCCGGGGCCCAGCUGCUGAGCGUCGUCCUGUGCCUCCUGUGCUGGGUCCCGGCGGCUGUGGACGCAGUCCCUGAGCUCGGGCUUUGGACGAGGACGGUCAAUGACAAAUCAGGACCUUUGAUAUUCAGGAAAACCAUGUUUAACGCCACUGAUAUUAGAUUUUCUGUGAAGUCAUUCAGUUGUUCUGGACCUGUGAAGUUUACCAUAGAGUGGCAUUUGAAGUAUCAUACCUGUCACAAUGACUACUCUGACCUGGAGGAGAAGCUGUCCCAAAACCAUGAUGAUGCAGACGUCUGUGCUUAUUUCAAGAAUGUUGACUGUUGGACAACAAAAAGUGAAAACUUAGACUGCAGCAGUGAUUUACAGGCAUUUCCCUCAUUAAAUAAUAAAGAACUAACAGGCAUCAGAAAUAUUUCAAGCCAGGAAGGAUCAACGGAUGUUGUAGCCAGGACCCAGAAAGAUGGCUUCCAUAUCUUCAUUGUUUCUAUUAAAACGGAAAAAACAGAUGCAAGCUGGGAUUUAAAUGUUUCUCUUUCUAUGGUUGGGCCUCAUGGAUAUAUUUCUGCAUCAGACUGGCCGCUAAUGAUUUUUUACAUGGUGAUGUGUAUUGUUUACAUAUUAUAUGGUGUCCUCUGGCUGAUGUGGUCUGCCUGUUACUGGAAGGAUAUAUUAAGAAUCCAGUUCUGGAUCGCAGCUGUUAUUUUCCUAGGAAUGCUUGAAAAAGCAGUUUUUUACAGUGAAUACCAGAACAUCAACAGCACUGGACUGUCAACCCAAGGUUUACUGAUAUUUGCGGAAUUGAUAUCUGCAGUUAAGAGGACAUUGGCUCGCCUGCUUGUGAUCAUUGUGAGCUUGGGUUACGGCAUUGUGAAGCCUCGCUUAGGAACAGUCAUGCACCGGGUGAUUGGACUGGGACUGCUUUACUUGAUCUUUGCCGCCAUUGAGGGCGUCAUGAGAGUCAUCGGGGGUUCUAAACAUUUAUCUGUUGUUUUGAGUGACAUUGUUUUAGCAGUUAUUGACUCCAUUUUUGUGUGGUUCAUUUUUAUAAGUUUGGCACAGACUAUGAAGACUCUAAGGCUCAGAAAGAACACAGUGAAAUUCUCAUUGUAUAGGCAUUUUACAAAUACGCUCAUCUUUGCUGUGCUGGCUUCUAUAGUGUUUAUGGUGUGGACAACGAAGAACUUCAGGAUGGCAAAAUGCCAAUCAGAUUGGAUGGAGCUCUGGGUUGAUGAUGCAUUUUGGAGCUUCCUCUUUUCACUCAUCCUUAUUGUGAUAAUGUUCCUAUGGAGGCCAUCAGCCAAUAAUCAGAGGUAUGCCUUCAUGCCCUUGAUAGAUGAUUCUGACGAUGAAGUCGAGGAAUUCAUGGUAACAUCUGAAAAUUUAACUGAAGGAAUAAAACUAAGAGCCUCAAAAACGGUUUCAAACGGAACAGCUAAACCUACUUCUGAUAACUUCGAUGAAGAUUUGAAGUGGGUGGAAGAAAAUAUUCCCUCUUCAUUCACAGACGUAGCUCUCCCUGUGUUAGUGGACUCAGAUGAGGAAAUUAUGACCAGAUCUGAAAUAGCUGAAAAAAUGUUCUCUUCAGAAAAGAUAAUGUGAUUGGGACCCGAAGUGGGUCCAGUGUGAGUGGGAAGUUCAUUCAGGUGAUGGGGAAAGCCUGUCUCGUUGACAGCUUCGCUGUGAUACAUGUUUUACUGUGCUGGAGAUCUGUGUAUGCAAAUGAAGAAUUCAGGUGUGGGGGGUCUGAUGCCCUCAUAAAGCCAUCUUUAAAACUGUCUCAUAAAGUCGGCUUAGUUGCCAUUCAGUUGCCUGAAUUUGGAAAUAAUCUGAGACAUCUUAAUGGUGUGUAUACGGGUGCCUGUGCUAGCUGGCAGCCACAGGCAUGUGGAUUUGUGGUCUCAGUUUUCUCCAGGGAAAAAAAGAAUCUGUAGCUGGCAAUUGAAUCUCCGUGAGUUCAAGGCCAGCCUGGUCUACAUAGUUCCAGGACAGCCAGAGAGAACUACAUAGUGAGACUCUAUCUCAAACAACAAACAAAAACCAAAAAAAAAAAAAAAAAAGAAAAGAAAAGAAAAAAGAAAGAAGAAAGAAGGAAAAGAAAAAGAAUCUCUGACCACUCAUUUCCUCUCACCUUCCAGACAACAGGAUCUCCGGAAUGCCAGUGCAGCAGUGUCCAUCUUUUGUAGUGAUAAUUUUAUUCCAUUUUUAUACUGAAGUGACAAUAUCGGAACAUGAGCAUGUUCACAGGUUUAAUCUCGCCCCCUUUGUUGGUGUACACACAGCUCUUGAUUGUAAACACCACCAUGCAUUGCACGUCAUGGAGUCUGAGCUCGGGAAACGUGGACACAGAGAGAGAUGGGUACACCCAAAGACUCGCAGGCCGCAGGUACACGCGCUGCUGCUAAUUCUGCUGUGACCCCGGCCCCAUGACUCUCCCACAGCACUUUAUCCCAGCCCCUGGGCGCACCAUUUCCCAUGAGCCUGGGGGUUACGCAGACAUCUAACUAUGUACCAUGUAUCAGUAUGUAAUUAACCAGCCCUCAACCAUAUUUUACACCUUGUUUUGUUAAAUUAUGUUCAUAAUGUCUGAUUGAAAGUUUCUAUUCUAAUAUUUUUAAAUAUAGAAUGUUCUAGACUUGAAAGGCACUUGAACGUAGUGUGAUGAAAAUGUGAAUGCUUCGCUACUUUCAUGACCAAAGACGCCAGGCGAGUGGACAUUUAGUGUGGUAAUGAAAAGGAGGGCACACGCCUGUAUUCCAAGCACUCAGGGAGGCAGAGCCAGGUAGAUCUCUAUAAAUCUGAGGCCAUCCUGGUCUGCAAAGCAAGUCCAGGACAGCCAAGGCUACACAGAGAAACCCUGUCUCAAAAACCAAAAAAACGGGGGGGGGGGGGGGGGAUGUCUUAUAUGGCUUCUCACUGGAGGACUUCUGGCCUUGUGAAUUAGAAGAACUUGGGGUAAUGGAAAAAACAUGAAAAUGUGAUGAGGAGGUGCAUUCAACCAUAACUUUAGAUGAUUUUCUCCACAAAACGAACCUUUUUCUUUCAAACGACUGCUUUCCGAGUUUAUUUCUUGCGUAGUUGCUUCGAAGGGGCUGGUAGAGCUAUAGUUCUGAAGUUGUGCCUCUUGAAAAUGUGUUCUGCGGAGUGGGCAUUGGGAAUGCUCUCGGUGUCGCAGACCUGGUGGAGAGAGGCUGCUGCUCCGGCUCUUCCCAGGGUGGCUAGUUGACAGUGGGUUCCUUCUUUCGGUGUCAGCACAGCGGUGGGGUCCCAUCCACCGCUUCCCUGUGUUCGUCCACCUUUGCUUUGCUAUAGUCCACCUUCUAACCCUCGUUCUUAACCAGGAGGUGCCCUUGCUGGGGAGCGGGUGUGCUUCAGGGUGUUGCUGUGUAGCCCAGGUUGAAGUUGGACUUGUGAGCCUCUUGCUGAGGUUGCAGGUGUGCACCACCACGGCCCACUUGACAUUUGUAGUUCAUGCCCUCCCUCAGCCCACACGCCUGCAGUUGACUAUUUCUGCUCACAGCCAGCAGGAGCUACACAGUGAGCAGGGUGGGAGCUGAAGGCCGGGGAAAUGGGCUUCUGCGCCACCUCAGUCGUGUUUCCAAGAACAGGAAAGACAGAUGAUGCUGCCUCUGGCUUAGCUCCGGGCUGAAAUGAACACUUUCCUGUCUUUCCAUCCAGAGAAAGUGGAGUUUCACCUUAACCUCCUUAGAAGUGGUUUUGCAAGGGGGUGUGUGGUGUCUGUUGCAUAUAAUGAUAAUGCUGUCAGGUCCUAAUGUCCAGUGCCCUAAGUUGAAUAUUUCUUGAGGUCCUUCUUAGCCCCAGCGUGUGUCCUACACUGUCGCUGCACAUCACACGGACUGGGAGGUCCACCCAGGACCACCAUGCAGUCCCAUCACCUCCCUCCCCACCUGCCUCCAGCCUCCAGACAACACGGGGAGAUCCCAUGUGCACGGCUCAGUUCUGUUGAGGACCCUGUGGGAUGGGCCUGCCUGUUGAGAGGUCCGAGGAGAAGGCCCAGCUUUGUGUUCAAGACUUCCUGUUGUACACUCCAGGUUAGAUUCCAAUGAUGCAUGAAGUUUGCUUGAGACAUUUUUCAUAAUUUGAAUUAGGUUAAUAUCUACCUUUCAGGGUAGUUACUAUAUUUCAAUAAGAAAUAGAUGGAAAUUGUCUGAAUAGGAGAUGGUAGGUGCUUUUCCUGGGUUUUUUGUUUUGUUUCUUGGGUGUGGUUGUGUUUUUUCUGUCCAGUGGAGGGUGCGUAGACUACUAUAAUAUCAAGAUUAAGCUUAAAGUGUACAUACAGAGUUGAUUUUUAUACCCUCUUUUUGAAGGCUUGGAGCCACCACCCUGGCUGUAUACGACUGGAGCUGAGAGAGAUCAUGCUAGGUUUUGUUUCACUCUGAUACUUGUGUCUUCGUAUGAUUGACAGCAUGUAGUAAGCAAUACAAAACACCAAGCCUUACAUCUGUCAGAAAGAAGUUUAAUAUAUAAAAUCUGAACCUAUAGGUGGCAAAACUAGAUUUUUUUUUAAGGAAGUGUAUGUUAUAGGACAGGAACUCUGCUGUAUUAAGAAGCCUCUUUAGAUCUAGAAAACAUAUUCAUUUCUUUGGGAAGAAAAUUUAGAGGUUAAAAAUAUAUUCUUUAUUUAAAAUGGUUAAAUUAUAGUUUGGGAGAAAUUUCUUUGAAUAUAGAACACAGCAACUUAAAGGACUUUUGUUUGAAAAUUGUAUUUUUGUGCCUUAAUAUUUGUUGUUUUUUUUUUUAAUAAAUUGCUUCUGACAUUUGCA